AUGGGCGCAACGCAGAGCAAGGGGGCCAAAAUCCGGCCCAUGCAGUCUCAACAGGAUCUUACCAUGCCCAGACUAUGCCCGAGGGCCCGGUUUGGAGGAGUCUCGAAACUGCAUUGGUGCGACCAGGCUGAUGACUUGCCUAAGUAUGGGUGGGAAGUGCAUGAUGGCAGGAAUGUUGGGAUUCAGAAGAUCAUAGACAAGAAUGUUAUCCUGCAGACGAGCUUCGUCAAGACUGGGGGUCAGCAUGGGGGUGACUGGUCAGCAAGGAUCAGUGCAGUGCCGAAGACCAAGAGACACGUUGGAGGACAGGCUUCGCUACUGUAUUAUGUAGCUUUAGACCCUGACGAUAAAGAGGCAAUGAUACAGCCCAUGAUCGGCACGAGUCAGUCCUUAGGCUCACUCAGGGGCAUCUCAGACUCCGUGGGGGGAUUCCGGAUGCAUGUCCUCAAUGCCAGCGGCACGAUUGUUAACCAUCACUUGCUCAGUACAAAGCAUGGGCUGCAUAUGCUCAAGGAAACCGUUUACAAGGGGCUGAGGGUCUUCCAGGGCAAGAGUGAGAAGGACAAGUACAUUGACUCAGGUGAGAUGUUCAGCCAUGAGGACACGCUGCGGCAGCCCAACUUUGUAGUGUUUCAAGUGACGGGGGAGUUGCCUUUUGAGGUUGACAUAGUGUAUGAGAGUGAUAGUUUCCUCAGGAGGCCUGAUAUGCUCAUGGGUGAAGCAUUAUCAGAGCAACUCAGUCUGUAUGAAAAGAAGUUUCAUAGUGACUUUGAAGAGAAAUUCUCAAUGGAGGCAAAAGGGUUUAGUGAAGAGGAGAUUGGCUUUGCCAAGGCCGCUCUCAGCAACAUGAUUGGUGGCAUUGGGUACUUCUAUGGAGCCUCGAGGGUGCUGGGUGAACACAACAGUGACCCUGUCCCUUACUGGAAGGCUCCUCUCUACACAGCAGUGCCUUCCCGUAGCUUCUUCCCAAGAGGCUUCCUGUGGGAUGAAGGUUUCCACAAUCUGCUUAUCUCAAAAUGGGACCGGGAAAUCUCUCAGGACAUUCUUGGCCACUGGUUUGACCUCAUGAACUGGGAUGGCUGGAUACCCCGGGAGCAGAUCCUGGGAGUUGAGGCAAGAGCAAGAGUCCCAGAUGAGUUUGUAGUUCAAAGAGGGAAGAAUGCAAAUCCUCCAACGCUGCUCCUUACGCUGCAUUCCAUGAUGGCUGGAUUCAAGAGAGAGUUGUCUGAUGACGACUAUGAAUAUCUGAGUCACCUGUGGCCCAGGUUGCGAGCUUGGUACAACUGGUUCAACACCACACAGCUGGGUGAAAUGCCAGGUACAUACAGGUGGCGUGGACGAGAUCCCAAGACGUUGCGGGAGCUGAACCCGAAGACUUUAACCUCAGGGCUUGAUGACUACCCUCGGGCUUCUCACCCGACGGCAGAUGAGCGGCACUUGGAUCUCCGAUGCUGGAUGACAUUAGCCUCAGGGCUCAUGGCUGACAUUGCGAGGCUCAUUGAGAAGGAUCCAACCCGCUUUGAUGAUGCUUAUAAGUACCUCUCAGACAACAAUGUGUUGGAUGCUCUUCACUGGUCUUAUGCUGCCAAUGGAUACAUGGACUUUGGUCUUCACACGGAUGAUCUUGAGCUGAGGAAACUCGCACCGAAUGCAGAAAUGAAGCGCAUAGUUCAUGGCGACCCCAAACUGAAAUUUGUUGAUUCCUUUGGAUAUGUCAGUUUCUUCCCACUAUUUCUGCAGAUUAUUGACCCAUAUUCUGCAAAGCUUGGAAAAGUGCUGGAAGACCUCAGGCGGCAGGACCUUCUCUGGACCCCAUAUGGCUUACGGUCUUUGGCCAAAAACUCGCCCAUAUACAACAAGAGGAACACUGAGCAUGAUCCUCCCUACUGGCGGGGGGCCAUCUGGAUCAACAUGAACUACCUGGCUGUCAGGGCACUGCAUCACUACAGCAACGUGGACGGGCCGCACCAAGAGCUGGCCAGAGAGAUUUAUGUAUCCCUGCGUGAGAAUGUUGUCAAAAAUGUGGUGCGGGAAUACAAAAGAACGGGCUACAUCUGGGAGCACUACAGUGACAAGACAGGCAGAGGGGAGGGCUGUCGGCCGUUCACAGGAUGGUCAGCUCUUGUUGUACUUAUGAUGGGGGAGACUUUCUAAAAGUUUCUAAAAUUUUUUUGACACUUGUUAAAAACGACGUUUGUUGUU